CAAGAUGGAAAGUAUUAACCUGUCAUCUUUCGACUAUCGAAAAAUCGUCAGCAAAACACUCAAGACUGACGAUUUCACCAUUUUGAGUGCCCAAAAGACAAGUUUAGACGAAAUUGGAGGCUACUUGGGUGACCAUUCAAGUCUUAAAAUCACCAUCAAACAUUUAGGUAAAAACCAAACCUUGAAUUAUUUUGCCAAAUGUCUGCCGUCAAACCCGUCACAGAGAAACCUCGCGCUUGAAAUCAACGCUUUCGUCAAAGAAGACUUCUUCUAUGGAAAAUUUUGCCACGAAUUGACGAAACAUUCAAUUGAUUUAGUCGACAAAAUAGUGCCUUCUUGUUUCUAUAGUCGUCCAAACAUCUUAAUUUUGGAAGAUCUUACAACCAAAGGGUACACAACACUUCCGCCUAGGCUUCCUUUUGACACGAAUUUCGUCAAAGCCGGAUUAUCCACUCUGGCGAAACUACACGCUUCUGGAUUCUUCCUCCAAGACAAAAAAUCGUCAAAACUGUGCGACCAUUUCGACGAAUUUAACACCUAUUACUCCGACAAACCCUCAGUUAAGAAGGCAAUCCAGCUCACGAGACGCGGAAUUGAAGCCUUGAUUGACGUUUACGACGAAACCUUAACCCAAACCAAAGACAAGUUCAAAACCAAGGUGCUUGACGGUUUUGAUUCACGAACCUUGUUUGGCAAAUCGUCGACCAAAUUCAAGAGCACGAUUUGCCAUGGCGAUCUUUGGAAGAACAACUUCAUGUUUAAGGUUGAAGACAAAAUCGAGUGUGUUCUUGUUGACUUUCAGUCCUAUCGCUACGCGCCACCGGGGCAAGAUGUCAUGACUUUUCUUCAUUUCGUGACGAGUGAAGACGUGAGAACGAAGCACUUUGACGAAUUCGUCGAGUUUUACUAUAACGAGUUGGUUGACAAUUUGGGGGUUGGGGUGUUGUCGAAGCGCGAGUUUGUCGAAAGUUGUCAAUAUUUCAAAGAGUUUGCGCUGAUUCAGGCGCUCGGUCGCUGUCAAAUGGUUGCCGUUCCGGACCAAACGAAGACGGUGACCUUUGACGAUAGAUACAACUUUGUCAAAACUAUGUGCCAAAGUGACCCAGUUUUUCGACAGAUUAAUUUCGAAGCGGUUCGAGAAUUGAGACGGUUUUAUGAACUGAAUCCUUGACAAUGAAUUGUAUUCUUAUUCAGGUUGUUAUCUCUUGUAGACAAUAAAUCACACUUAAUACCAACUAAAUAUUAAACAAUAUAUUUUUAAACCAAAA